AUGCCCACCUCCCAGGCUCCCGGUGUGGGCAGUAACUCCAGCACUGUACCUUGGGAUCCUGGCUCCCCCCUCUCGCCCUCUCUCGUAAACAGUACAGUGAAGAUGGUGCUCAUUUCGGCCAUUGUGUGUACCUCACUGUUCGGUAAUGUUGUGGUACUGCUCGUGUUCCAGCGCAAGCCUCAGCUGCUUCAUGUUGCCAACCGCUUUGUCCUCAACCUGCUGCUGGCAGACCUGCUCCAGACAGUGCUGGUCAUGCCUUUUGCCAUAGCUGCGACUGUGCCUGAGGUCUGGCCCCUUGACACCCGUUUGUGCCAGGCACUGGUGGUGCUCAUGCACCUAUUUGCUUUCGCAGGUGUCAACACAAUCAUAGUGGUAUCGGUGGACCGUUACUUGGCCAUCAUCCACCCGCUGUCCUACCCCACCCGUAUGACUCCACACCUGGGCACCAAUCUCAUUGCAUUGACCUGGUUGCUUAGCCUGCUGCAGAGCACGCCACCACUCUAUGGCUGGGGCACUAUUGACUUUGACCGUAGACACAACACCUGCUCUGUCAUGUGGUCCUCCAGCUACUCUUACUCUGCCUUGGUAUCUACACUUUCGUUCUGGCUACCUGUGGCUAUUAUGCUGGGUUGUUACUGGAUGGUGUUCAGGGCAGCUAGACGACAGAACGCUCUGGUACACCCCAUCCAGGCCAGCCAUCCUCCAGACUCACAGGUCACCCGCUCUAGCCCCCAACGGCAGCAACAACAGCAGCAGAGCCAAGGCGAGGGUCCCUUCUCUGCUACAUACCCUAUAAGGACACGCCAUAGACGUUUCCACUACCACUGCAAGGCAGCUCGAGUUGUGUUUGUAAUUAUGGCCUCUUACAUUCUGAGCAUGGGCCCGUACAGUGUCCUCAGCACGAUUUCCAUCCACUCCAGCGAUGCGAUACCUCCCUGGCUGGCUUCGCUAGCCCUUAUCCUCUUUUUCCUGCAGUGCUGCCUGCACCCGUAUAUCUAUGGAUACAUGCAUCGCAGUGUUCGAAAGGAGUUCCUUGCUCUGCUCUGCGGGCCACUGUGUGGGCAGGGCAGGACCAGUCGCAGCUCUGCUGUGGACAGCUGCUUCACGGUGACAGACGGACGGUCAACACACCCACACCCACCCAGCCAGGCUGCCCGAGUCUGUCCCCUGCAUACCUGGGAGGAAGGCACCACCUCAUCCUCCCCAACCGAAAGGAGGUCCAGAGACAGCCGUAAGGAAACCACCUCUAUCAGUCUGAGCUCAGAGAAAGAGCUUACAGUACAGAGCAACAAUAACAAAUGA